CCUCGCUCUAUAAAAUGUCUUCCUAAGUUGAACGGUUCACAUUUCUUCGACGGGGCUACAGAUGAAGCUGUUGGGGGUUUCGUCGUUGUUCAUCAUCUUUGUCUUGCAGGUCUUGUACUCACGAGGAGUAAGAGCGAAAGAAAAUGGAUUCGAGAAAUCAGCAGGAUAUGGUGCAGUUAAUGAAGAGCUGAGUAUACGGAACAAAAGAGACGAAACGAAAUCUGAUGACAUAGACGGAUCUAUAUCGUCUCCCAUCGACCAUGUUUCAAGAAAAGAUCGUGACGAAUCAAAGGAGACCGAAAAUCACGCCUCGAAAUCAUCUUUAAAAAAGACUGACCACGGAGGACUGACCAGAUCGAAAAGAGAAACAGAAACUCUAGCAUACGAUAGCUCUCAUCACUCAGAUGACACAACUAAAAAGAAGAGCAAAUCUGCAAAAUUAAAGUUAGCCGCCGUUUGCAAAAGUGGAAAAGCCUCAAGAAACUUAUUAAAGGCCAUCGAACAAAACUCAAAUGACGAUUCCGAAGAAAAAGUUUCUUUUAUAGACGAUUACGUAAGCCCAUCAUUGAUAAACAAUCAUGACAGCACCACCACGUUGCAGAAUACAGAUACAGAAAAAAAUAUCCCUGAUUUCCACAGCGAAUCGGCAACAAACAUCGAUGAACUCCAAAGAGACACAGGAAAAGAGAACCAAGGAAGCAACAAUCAGGAAAUGUCAAGCACGAGUGACAAUCAACCAUACCAUGUAGCUGGAAGUGGUAACCAAGUAGCUCAAAAUGUUAUAAACAACUCACCAAGUAUCGACUCACAUUUUGGAGUGGGGGAAACCGGCAGUUCUGAUAAGGAGACAGCGCAAUCUAAAGGAACACAAGGAGAACUAACGGACGAGUCCGGAAGCGGUCAACACUGGCUAGAUUGGUUCGCAGGGCUCCUCCAAUCGACUCCAGCUUCAGAAACAGGUGAAAAUUUAAGCAAUAAUGGACCAACAGCAACAACAGAAACAAGUAAAGAAGUCAGCGGAUCAAUAGGAACACCAGCAGCACAAUUCAGUGCUGGUUUCAACAGUCCUACUGACCAAAAUGGUGCUAAUAUCCAACAUGGAGAAACCGAUCCAACAGCUAGCACGUCACAGAUUUCCUCCUCACCAUUGGCUACAUCUAAUCAUCUAAUCAAUGGCAUUAGAGCACCAUUACAAAGCCAAUCACUAACUGCCAAUAGCAAUACAGCAUCAUUAGGAGCAUCAGAUAUGUAUAGCAAUGGAGUACCAGAAGCAGGAGCAAAUGGUGAAGUCGGUGGAUCGAUAGGAACACCAGCAUCACAAUUCAGUGCAGGUUUGAACAUGCCUACAGACCAAAAUGGUGAUACUAUCCAAUAUGGUGAAACCAAUCCAACAGCUACAACGUCACAGAUUAACUCCUCACCAUCAGCUACAUCUAAUCACCUAAUGAAUGGCAUUAGAGCCCCAUUACAGAGCCAAUCACUAACUGCUAAUAGCAACGGUGCAUCAUUAGGAACAUCAGCUAUGUAUAACGAUGGAGUAUCACCAGCAGAAGCAAAUGGUGAAUUCAGCGGAUCAGCAGGAACACCAGCAGCACAAUUCAGUGCUGGUUUGAACAUGCCUACUGACCAAAAUGGUGCUAAUAUCCAACAUGGAGAAACCGAUCCAACAGCUACAACGUCACAGAUUUCCUCCUCACCAUUGGCUACAUCUAAUCAUAUAAUCAAUGGCAUUAGAGCACCAUUACAAAGCCAAUCACUAACUGCCAAUAGCAAUACAGCAUCAUUAGGAGCAUCAGAUAUGUAUAGCAAUGGAGUACCAGAAGCAGGAGCAAAUGGUGAAGUCGGCGGAUCGAUAGGAACACCAGCAUCACAAUUCAGUGCAGGUUUGAACAUGCCUACAGACCAAAAUGGUGAUACUAUCCAAUAUGGUGAAACCAAUCCAACAGCUACAACGUCACAGAUUACCUCCUCACCAUCGGCUACAUCUAAUCACCUAAUGAAUGGCAUUAGAGCCCCAUUACAGAGCCAAUCACUAAAUGCUAAUAGCAACGGCGCAUCAUUAGGAACAUCAGCUAUGUAUAACGAUGGAGUACCAGUAGCAGAAGGAAAUGGUAAAUUCAGCGGAUCAGUAGGAACACCAGCAGCACAAUUCAGUGCAGGUUUGAACAUGCCUACAGACCAAAAUGGUGCUACUAUCCAACAUGGUGAAACCGAUCCAACAGCUACAACGUCACAGAUUUCCUCCUCACCAUCGUCUACAUCUAAUCAUCUAAUGAACGGCAUUAGAGCCCCAUUACAAAGCCAAUCACUAACUGCUAAUAGCAAUGCAGCAUCAUUAGGAGUAUCAGAUAUGUAUAGCAAUGGAGUACCAGAAGCAGGAGCAAAUGGUGAAUUCGGCGGAUCGAGAGGAACACCAGCAGCACAAUUCAGUGCAGGUAUGAACAUGCCUACUGACCAAAAUGGUGCUACUAUCCAACAUGGUGAAACCGAUCCAACAGCUACAACGUCACAGAUUUCCUCCUCACCAUCGUCAACAUCUACUCAUCUAUUGAAUGGCAUUAGAGCCCCAUUACAGAGCCAAUCACUAACUGCUAAUAGCAAUGCAGCAUCAUUAGGAGCAUCAGCUAUGUAUAACGAUGGAGUGCCAGUAGCAGAAGCAAAUGGUGAAUUCAGCGGAUCAGCAGGAACACCAGCAGCACAAUUCAGUGCAGGUAUGAACAUGCCUACAGACCAAAAUGGUGCUACCGAUCCAACAGCUACAACGUCACAGAUUUCCUCCUCACCAUCGUCUACAUCUAAUCAUCUAAUGAAUGGCAUUAGAGCCCCAUUACAAAGCCAAUCACUAACUGCUAAUAGCAAUGCAGCAUCAUUAGGAGCAUCAGCUAUGUAUAACGAUGGAGUGCCAGUAGCAGAAACAAAUGGUGAAUUCAGCGGAUCAGAAGGAACACCAGCAGCGAUAUUCAGUGCUGGUUUGAACAUGCCCACUGACCAAAAUGGUGCUACUAUCCAACAUGGUGAAACCGAUCCAACAGCUACAACUUCACAGAUUUCCUCCUCACCAUCGGCUACAUCUAAUCAUCUAAUGAAUGGCAUUAGAGCCCCAUUACAGAGCCAAUCACUAACUGACAAUAGAAAUGGCGCAUCAUUAGGAACAUCAGCUAUGUAUAACGAUGGAGUACCAGUAACAGAAGCAAAUGGUGAAUUCAGCGGAUCAGCAGGAACACCAGCAGCACAAUUCAGUGCAGGUUUGAACAUGCCUACUGACCAAAAUGGUGCUACUAUCCAACAUGGUGAAACCGAUCCAACAGCUAAAACCUCACAGAUUUCCUCCUCAGAAGCAAGAGCACCAGUAACAGAAGCAAAUGGUGAAUUCAGCGGAUCAGCAGGAACACCAGCUGCACAAUUCAGUGCUGGUUUGAACAUGCCUACAGACCAAAAUGGUGCUACUAUCCAAUAUGGAGAAACCGAUCCAACAGCUACAACGUCACAGAUUUCUUCCUCACCAACUUCUACAACUAAUCAGAUAAUGAAUGGCAUUAGAGCACCAUUACAAAGCCAAUCACUAACUGCUAAUAGCAACGGCGCAUCAUUAGGAACAGCAGCUAUGUAUAACGAUGGAGUACCACCAGCAGAAGCAAAUGGUGAAUUAAGCGGAUCAGCAGGAACACCAGCAGCACAAUUCAGUGCUGGUUUGAACAUGCCUACAGACCAAAAUGGUGCUACUAUCCAAUAUGGAGAAACCGAUCCAACAGCUACAACGUCACAGAUUUCCUCCUCACCAUCGGCUACAUCUAAUCACCUAAUGAAUGGCAUUAGAGCUCCAUUACAGAGCCAAUCACUAACUGCUAAUAGCAACGGCGCAUCAUUAGGAACAUCAGCUAUGUAUAACGAUGGAGUACCACCAGCAGAAGCAAAUGGUGAAUUAGCGGAUCAGCAGGAACACCAGCAGCACAAUUCAGUGCUGAGCCCAUUACAGAGCCAAUCACUAACUGCUAAUAGCAACGGCGCAUCAUUAGGAACAUCAGCUAUGUAUAACGAUGGAGUACCAGCAGCAGAAGCAAAUGGUGAAUUCAGCGGAUCAGCAGGAACACCAGCAGCACAAUUCAGUGCUGGUUUGAACAUGCCUACAGACCAAAAUGGUGCUACUAUCCAAUAUGGAGAAACCGAUAAAACAGCUACAACGUCACAGAUUUCCUCCUCACCAUCGGCUACAUCUAAUCACCUAAUGAAUGGCAUUAGAGCUCCAUUACAGAGCCAAUCACUAACUGCUAAUAGCAACGGCGCAUUAUUAGGAACAGCAGCUAUGUAUAACGAUGGAGUACCACCAGCAGAAGCAAAUAGUGAAUUAAGCGGAUCAGCAGGAACACCAGCUGCACAAUUCAGUGCUGGUUUGAACAUGCCUACAGACCAAAAUGGUGCUACUAUCCAAUAUGGAGAAACCGAUCCAACAGCUACAACGUCACCGAUUUCUUCCUCACCAACUUCUACAACUAAUCAGAUAAUGAAUGGCAUUAGAGCACCAUUACAAAGCCAAUCACUAACUGCUAAUAGCAACGGCGCAUCAUUAGGAACAUCAGCUAUGUAUAACGAUGGAGUACCACCAGCAGAAGCAAAUGGUGAAUUCAGCGGAUCAGCAGGAACACCAGCAGCACAAUUCAGUGCUGGUUUGAACAUGCCUACAGACCAAAAUGGUGCUACUAUCCAAUAUGGAGAAACCGAUCCAACAGCUACAACGUCACAGAUUUCUUCCUCACCAACUUCUACAACUAAUCAGAUAAUGAAUGGCAUUAGAGCACCAUUACAAAGCCAAUCACUAACUGCUAAUAGCAACGGCGCAUCAUUAGGAACAUCAGCUAUGUAUAACGAUGGAGUACCACCAGCAGAAGCAAAUGGUGAAUUCAGCGGAUCAGCAGGAACACCAGCAGCACAAUUCAGUGCUGGUUUGAACAUGCCUACAGACCAAAAUGGUGCUACUAUCCAAUAUGGAGAAACCGAUCCAACAGCUACAACGUCACAGAUUUCUUCCUCACCAACUUCUACAACUAAUCAGAUAAUGAAUGGCAUUAGAGCACCAUUACAAAGCCAAUCACUAACUGCUAAUAGCAACGGCGCAUCAUUAGGAACAUCAGCUAUGUAUAACGAUGGAGUGCCAGCAGCAGAAGCAAAUGGUGAAUUCAGCGGAUCAGCAGGAACACCAGCAGCACAAUUCAGUGCUGGUUUGAACAUGCCUACAGAUCAAAAUGGUGCUACUAUCCAAUAUGGAGAAACCGAUCCAACAGCUACAACGUCACAGAUUUCGUCCUCACCAACUUCUACAACUAAUCAGAUAAUGAAAGGCAUUAGAGCACCAUUACAAAGCCAAUCACUAACUGCUAAUAGCAACGGCGCAUCAUUAGGAACAUCAGCUAUGUAUAACGAUGGAGUACCACCAGCAGAAGCAAAUGGUGAAUUCAGCGGAUCAGCAGGAACACCAGCAGCACAAUUCAGUGCUGGUUUGAACAUGCCUACAGACCAAAAUGGUGCUACUAUCCAAUAUGGAGAAACCGAUCCAACAGCUACAACGUCACAGAUUUCUUCCUCACCAACUUCUACAACUAAUCAGAUAAUGAAUGGCAUUAGAGCACCAUUACAAAGCCAAUCACUAACUGCUAAUAGCAACGGCGCAUCAUUAGGAACAGCAGCUAUGUAUAACGAUGGAGUACCACCAGCAGAAGCAAAUGGUGAAUUAAGCGGAUCAGCAGGAACACCAGCAGCACAAUUCAGUGCUGGUUUGAACAUGCCUACAGACCAAAAUGGUGCUACUAUCCAAUAUGGAGAAACCGAUCCAACAGCUACAACGUCACAGAUUUCUUCCUCACCAACUUCUACAACUAAUCAGAUAAUGAAAGGCAUUAGAGCACCAUUACAAAGCCAAUCACUAACUGCUAAUAGCAACGGCGCAUCAUUAGGAACAUCAGCUAUGUAUAACGAUGGAGUACCACCAGCAGAAGCAAAUGGUGAAUUCAGCGGAUCAGCAGGAACACCAGCAGCACAAUUCAGUGCUGGUUUGAACAUGCCUACAGACCAAAAUGGUGCUACUAUCCAAUAUGGAGAAACCGAUCCAACAGCUACAACGUCACAGAUUUCUUCCUCACCAACUUCUACAACUAAUCAGAUAAUGAAUGGCAUUAGAGCACCAUUACAAAGCCAAUCUCUAACUGCUAAUAGCAACGGCGCAUCAUUAGGAACAUCAGCUAUGUAUAACGAUGGAGUACCAGCAGCAGAAGCAAAUGGUGAAUUCAGCGGAUCAGCAGGAACACCAGCAGCACAAUUCAGCGCUGGUUUGAACAUGCCUACAGACCAAAAUGGUGCUACUAUCCAAUAUGGAGAAACCGAUCCAACAGCUACAACGUCACAGAUUUCUUCCUCACCAACUUCUACAACUAAUCAGAUAAUGAAUGGCAUUAGAGCACCAUUACAAAGCCAAUCACUAACUGCUAAUAGCAACGGCGCAUCAUUAGGAACAUCAGCUAUGUAUAACGAUGGAGUACCAACAGCAGAAGCAAAUGGUGAAUUCAGCGGAUCAGCAGGAACACCAGCAGCACAAUUCAGUGCUGGUUUGAACAUGCCUACAGACCAAAAUGGUGCUACUAUCCAAUAUGGAGAAACCGAUCCAACAGCUACAACGUCACAGAUUUCCUCCUCACCAUUGGCUACAUCUAAUCAUAUAAUGAAUGGCAUUAGAGCACCAUUACAAAGCCAAUCACUAACUGCUAAUAGCAACGGCGCAUCAUUAGGAGCAUCAGAUAUGUAUAACGAUGGAGUACCAGAAGCAGGAGCAAAUGGUGAAGUCAGCGGAUCGAUAGGAACACCAGCAUCACAAUUCAGUGCAGGUUUGAACAUGCCUACAGACCAAAAUGGUGAUACUAUCCAAUAUGGUGAAACCGAUCCAACAGCUACAACGUCACAGAUUACCUCCUCACCAUCGGCUACAUCUAAUCACCUAAUGAAUGGCAUUAGAGCCCCAUUACAGAGCCAAUCACUAAAUGCUAAUAGCAACGGCGCAUCAUUAGGAACAUCAGCUAUGUAUAACGAUGGAGUACCAGUAGCAGAAGGAAAUGGUAAAUUCAGCGGAUCAGUAGGAACACCAGCAGCACAAUUCAGUGCUGGUUUGAACAUGGCUACAGACCAAAAUGGUGCUACUAUCCAACAUGGUGAAACCGAUCCAACAGCUACAACGUCACAGAUUUCCUCCUCACCAUCGCCUACAUCUAAUCAUCUAAUGAAUGGCAUUAGAGCCCCAUUACAAAGCCAAUCACUAACUGCUAAUAGCAAUGCAGCAUCAUUAGGAGUAUCAGAUAUGUAUAGCAAUGGAGUACCAGAAGCAGGAGCAAAUGGUGAAGUCGGCGGAUCGAGAGGAACACCAGCAGCACAAUUCAGUGCAGGUAUGAACAUGCCUACUGACCAAAAUGGCGAUCCUAUCACACAUGGUGAAACCGAUCCAACAGCUACAACGUCACAGAUUUCCUCCUCACCAUCGUCAACAUCUACUCAUCUAUUGAAUGGCAUUAGAGCCCCAUUACAGAGCCAAUCACUAACUGCUAAUAGCAAUGCAGCAUCAUUAGGAACAUCAGCUAUGUAUAACGAUGGAGUGCCAGUAGCAGAAGCAAAUGGUGAAUUCAGCGGAUCAGCAGGAACACCAGCAGCACAAUUCAGUGCUGGUUUGAACAUGCCUACAGACCAAAAUGGUGAUACUAUCACACAUGGUGAAACCGAUCCAACAGCUACAACGUCACAGAUUUCCUCCUCACCAUCGUCAACAUCUACUCAUCUAAUGAAUGGCAUUAGAGCCCCAUUACAGAGCCAAUCACUAACUGCUAAUAGCAAUGCAGCAUCAUUAGGAGCAUCAGCUAUGUAUAACGAUGGAGUGCCAGUAGCAGAAGCAAAUGGUGAAUUCAGCGGAUCAGCAGGAACACCAGCAGCACAAUUCAGUGCAGGUUUGAACAUGCCCACAGACCAAAAUGGUGCUACUAUCAAAUAUGGUGAAACCGAUCCAACAGCUACAACUUCACAGAUUUCCUCCUCACCAUCGGCUACAUCUAAUCAUCUAAUGAAUGGCAUUAGAGCACCAUUACAGAGCCAAUCACUAACUGACAAUAGAAAUGGCGCAUUAUUAGGAACAUCAGCUAUGUAUAACGAUGGAGUGCCAGUAGCAGAAGCAAAUGGUGAAUUCAGCGGAUCAGCAGGAACACCAGCACCACAAUUCAGUGCAGGUUUGAACAUGCCUACUGACCAAAAUGGUGCUACUAUCCAACAUGGUGAAACCGAUCCAACAGCUACAACGUCAAAAAUUUCCUCCUCAGAAGCAAGAGUACCAGUAACAGAAGCAAAUGGUGAAUUCAGCGGAUCAGCAGGAACACAAGCAGCACAAUUCAGUGCUGCUUUGAACAUGCCCACAGACCAAAAUGGUGCUACUAUCCAAUAUGGAGAAACCGAUCCAACAGCUACAACGUCACAGAUUUCUUCCUCACCAACUUCUACAACUAAUCAGAUAAUGAAAGGCAUUAGAGCACCAUUACAAAGCCAAUCACUAACUGCUAAUAGCAACGGCGCAUCAUUAGGAACAGCAGCUAUGUAUAACGAUGGAGUACCACCAGCAGAAGCAAAUGGUGAAUUCAGCGGAUCAGCAGGAACACCAGCAGCACAAUUCAGUGCUGGUUUGAACAUGCCUACAGACCAAAAUGGUGCUACUAUCCAAUAUGGAGAAACCGAUCCAACAGCUACAACGUCACAGAUUUCCUUCCUCACCAACUUCUACAACUAA